GAUUGCUAUUUCCUCCAACAGAAUGUCAAUAAUCAAUUAGAUAUUUUCAAUUCCAAUCCACACAAUAUUAAUAAAUCUGUUCUUGUAGAGAAAACAAACUAUCACAUUUUCUCAGAAAUACGGUGAUCAAGUUAUAAAAUUCUCAUCCUGAAGGUCAAAGGUUAGGCAAUGGCCGAUGCGCAGAUGCUCAAGAUGUGACAAGAGCAAGGCCAUAGUGGAUUGAUAAUUAUGAAUUCCUUCCUUUUAUUAACGACGUUCUGCUGGACGUAGACCAUCAUGGCACCAUUGCACUGACAUGGUUUAAAAUGCGAAAGCCUGUACUGCGUGUAAAUAAAUAGACUCAGUUGAUAUAGCGCAAGGAGGAACUGCCUGUUGAUCCUCUGUACCUCACUGAUGCGAUGUCUCCCUCCUUGAAGUAGGGACAGCUCGUCAUGCUAUAACAGAUGUUAUGCAUCUCUGGGUCAGAAUGCAACAUCUUGGAUGCUUUGCAUGAAUUGUUGAUGUGUCCCUGGAGUGAGUGAUCCCUGUGGCGGAGUUGCCGCCGCCACCGCUGCUGCUGACCCCCCGAGUCGCCGCCGCCAAUGCAGGGCGUGGAUCUCCUGGUGGGCGUGGCUCUGAUGGAGGAGGACAGACCGGUGCUACCCGGCGUCAACAUCCGCGCCGCAACGCCGGAACGUCUCAUCCAGCUCUGCGUAGAAGUCUUCUGUGAGGCGGGCCCGUGCGAGCGGCAGGAGGAGUACGCUCGGGUCUUCUACCUCAUGCACCAAUGGUUCAUGAAGUCUGAAGAUCUUGCUCAGGCUUUCAUAGAUCUUUACCAGGGUUGCGAUGAAACGAUCUCGUGUGACGUGGCAGCCUGUCCCCACCUUCCCACAGUCCAACAGUGUCCCAUACAGCAAUACAAGGCCAAAAUAUGUCAGGCUGUCAGAUAUUGGAUCCGGCACUUCCCUGUUCAUUUUGAUCUAGACGCACGAUUGGUCAAAGCUGUUGAACAGCUUGGAUGUCUCCUCCAAUCAGAAGGCAAUGUUCAGCUCAAGGAACUCAUUGAUUUGUCCAAAGUACCCUCUUACGACUGGAUGAGGAACAUGUCUGUUCGUCAGCCAUCCCGAAAACAUUCGCGGAAAGUGUCUCUUGUCUUCAAUCAUUUAGAGCCAGAUGAGUUAGCAGAACAGCUGACGUAUCUUGAAUUUAAGGCAUUUAGGAGAAUUCAUUUUUCAGAUUUCAAGAACUAUGCAGUGACAGCAUCUCUGAAGGAGAACCUCAAGUUGGAGCGAUCAAUAGCGUUAUUCAACGGCCUUUCUCAGUGGGUCCAGUGUAUGGUUCUCAGUAAAACAACACCUCAACAGAGAGCUGAUGUCAUUAUUAAAUUUGUCAAUGUGGCCAAGAGACUGCGGGUACUACAGAACUUCAACACACUGAUGGCUAUUGUUGGAGGGCUUACACACAGCGCACUGGCCAGACUCUCCAAAACUAAUGCAUGUCUGCCCUCAGAAACUCACAAGAUUUUAAUAGAGUACACAGAACUGCUGUCUUCAAAUAACAACUUCAGUAAUUACAGGAAAAUAUAUCACCAAGCAACAGGCUUUAAAAUACCAAUCCUGGGUGUUCACUUGAAGGAUCUCAUCUCUCUGCACACGGCCCUCCCAGACAAGGUGGAAGGUAACCUGGUCAACUUCCGCAAGAUGGCUCAACUGUCCCUCAUCCUCACCGAGCUCACGCGCCUACAACGACAAGACAGCGACCCUGUUGAUGCCAAUAUGGACUUAGUCAAUACUUUGAGAUUGUCCCUGGACCUCCAUUACACAGAGGAUGAGAUUUACGAGCUGUCUCUGGCUCGGGAACCCAGAGGAUCCGUGUCAUCUCCUACAACACCCACAAAGCCAGUAGUGUUUGCUGACUGGGUCGCCGGAGUUAAGCCCCCUGAUCCCAGCACCAUCAACAAACAUGUCCACGACAUGGUGGAGGCUGUGUACAAAAACUAUGACCAUGACCGAGAUGGGUUUAUUUCUCACGCUGAAUUUGAGGCCAUCGCUGGCAACUUCCCCUUCAUUGAUUCCUUCUGUGUGCUGGACGCCGAUCAAGAUGGAAUGAUAAGCAAAGAGGAAAUGAAAACAUACUUCAUCCGAGCCAAUUGCCAUGCUGUGCGCAGUAGUUUCAAACACGCCUUCCACGAAACCACAUACUUCAAACCUACCUUCUGCAUCCACUGUACAGGGCUGCUAUGGGGCUUGAUCAAGCAGGGCUGGAAAUGUAAAGACUGUGCAAUCAAUGCCCACAAGCACUGCAAGGAUUUGGUGGUGAUGGAGUGUCGGAGCAAGGGACAUAGGAGGACAGAGUCCAUGUCUAACGGUGUCGGGCCACAUGACUUGACCUUAUCGGCAAAACGGAAAAUCUCCCAGCGUCACCGCAGAGCUCAAAACCUUAGCGCUAACCCCUCCCCACAACCUGAAAUCCGAGUGCUACGUGAAGGUCGUCAGAGGUCCCACAGCGAGAGCCAGGAUGGAGAGUUCUAUGAGGGGAAGCCACUGAUCUACGAGAGACUGAUCAAAGCAGAAGAGGCGCGGGAACAGCUGAUGGACGAGAACCUACGUUUGAGGGCACGUCUAGAAACUGCAAACGAGCAAAUUCUCACACUGAAAGCCCAUAUUGGUGUUAUUCGGCAAAAUACCAUCUCUUUUAUUCUGGAACAGAUGGAUGCUUUAAACAUGCAGAGAGAUACUGAAGUCUAAGAGCAAAAACUUGCCAGAAUUCUAGAUGAGGUCAAGAUCGGUCUUGUUGGAAGUGCAGGGACAUUUUGCCUGUUGGAUGUGGCUGUCUAUGGGUUUGUGGAAGGCUCCAUUGUCAUCUGGUUUUGUUUGGGAGGGGUGGCAGGUAGGUAUUGUUCAACUACCUACACACCCCUCCUUGUCAGAUGAGUCAGUCUCAUGUUGACACAAUACCAGGUGGGAUUACCAUUCUAUAUCAUUCCAUUUAUGUACCGUAGGAUAUGGACCUGCCAAUCAUAACCAUCGAUCCUAUCAUGUGACCAGUAACACUAUGUCUUGUGACGGAAAUUAACCAAUGAGGAAUCACCGGCUAGCAGUGUUACUAUUGAAAAAUGAUUGUGUUGUUAAACUUCUACUGGCGCCAGUAAUAUUGGGACUGAUGAGGUGGGUGAAGACUUGACUUGUUAUCGUGCAGUAUUUUUACACCAUGGCAUAAUGAUAUCAAGUGUAGAUAUAUAUGUUAUGUAGGUAUUGAACGAUAUAUCUUGCUGACUAUUCCAAAAAUAUAUCAGUUGUACUCGUCUGCUUCCAUGGGCAACUGAUGGUUGAUGUCAAGAUAUAUCCAGCCAUUGUCAUGGCAACAAGGGAACCAAUAGCACUCUCUUGAUGUUGAUUUGAACUGUUUAACAGACUGGGGGAAUCCCUGACAGUUAGGUCUUAUAAUGUUGGAAUUAUGAAGAGGACUUGGAGGACGAGUCGUCGAAGACAAAAUCUCCCAUGUGAAUGUGGGACCAACUGAGUGUACAAUCACUGUCAUACUUCACGGACGGUGGAACAUAUUUGUGUUAAUAUGUGUAGUUGAGAAGAAAAUUACACCAACCGUUAUUUUUGGUAAAUGUUUACAUGUAUGUCAAUCGUAGACUGAGGGACUUGUACAAGCAAUCCACAUUGGCUUGAUCAUGUGACCAAGGCAACCAAUCACAGUGGUUGUCUCUUUGUUGGCCAAGAUGGCUGUGCUGACAACAGGAAGCUCCCAAGCUGCGGACAGUGACAAGGGGAUGUUGACAAACAAUUAUUGUACUGUUGAUCUGGAAUGUGGAAAGAAUCUAAACCUCUCCUUGGCCAUAGUCAAAGGAAAUAUGUCCAAAACACUGACACCAGGUCAUUGUUGACGGCACAGUCGCCCUCCCCAGAGCAAGGAAAUGUCAAAUAAAUACUUGAAAGGAUGUACCAGUGGAAGCAGUCGACAUAAUCACAGGAGGCCGUGAGAUAAAAGUGUUGAUGAAAGGCUUGUUGAUGCAGUGAUGUUGGUACUAUGAACUAUCUGUGAACGGGUGUCUCCUGACUGACCACUUAGGUCCGAGGGAGUGGGCUAUAGUGGUGAGAACGUGCUGGCAGUAUUAGCCACGUUUAGGCACUGUGUGGUCCUGUGUGCCUGUGUAAGAAUGAUAAAGUUGUUGACUUGUUGACUCUUUCCCCAGAAUGCAGUGCAAUACGAGAGGUACUUCUCAAAAUAUUUUGAUCAGACGUUUUAAACUGACAAGAAUCAGAAUUCAGGUCAGGUUUGCUAAAAUUCAUGAAGUUUUUCAAUGAAACAUCCAAAUCUUCCAAUAUUGUAAUUAUCUGUAUAAAACAUCUAGUGAUUUGUCUUAAGCUAAACACAAAAGCUUGUCUCCCAAAGCAUUGGAAUAAGGGAAAAGUAUCAUUGCUGCACCUAAAGGACAGAUUAAUGUCAUGCAUAAUGUGAUCAUAUAAAAUGUAUUGACCGGCCCAUGCUGUAUGGCCACCAGACUACACAGUGUCACUUUGUUCAGGGGAAAAGGCUUGGACAUGUCCGCCUUCUUGAGUCAGGCUGUUAUUGAUUAACAUGAUCGUCCACCCAUCCUGUCCGAGCUAAGGGGAGAUAAUCGUGUACAUGGAGUAAUACGAGUCCUCAUCCUGUUCCCAGUCAACAUCUUCCUAGUUUCUAGCAUAUGGCAUCCAUUUUACCGACCACCCUCCCUCCUUUACUCUCAGUCGAACAGGGGAGAAAAGCAUGUCUCAUCUAGAUCAGUUCGUGUAACCUUCUGUCCUAAAGUGUUUGUAUAUAUUUCAUAUUUAUGCAAUAUUGCUAUGUUAAUAUCCAUGUGGCUUUGUACAACUCAGUCAUAUUAUGAAUGUUGAUUAUCAAAUGUUUUGUUACAACUAUAAUUACUUUAUUUCUAGUCUUGGAGCAAUCUGAAAUUCCUUUUUUCCUGUUUUUUGUUGAGUUUUUAUUUAAGAUGUUUAUCCUGUUUUUCAAAGAUGUU